GAGAAAACAAAACCAUGAAGUGGCUGUCCAAGAUGGUUACGUGCAAUUCACACGGCCAAGACUCUUCAUACUUCUUAGGAUGGCAAGAGUACGAGAAGAAUCCAUACCAUGAGGUUCAGAAUCCAAAUGGUAUCAUUCAGAUGGGACUUGCAGAGAAUCAGCUCUCCUUCGACCUACUCGAAUCAUGGCUAUCGCGGAACCCAGACGCAGCUGGGUUCAAAAGAGAUGGAGAGUCAAUUUUCAAAGAACUCGCUCUUUUCCAAGAUUAUCAUGGCUUACCCGCCUUUAAGAAUGCACUAGUAGAAUUCAUGGCCGAGAUAAGAGGAAACAAAGUCCAGUUUGAUCCUAAGAAGUUAAUCCUCACUGCGGGUGCAACUUCAGCUAACGAAUCUCUUAUGUUCUGUCUUGCUGAACCUGGAGAAGCAUUUCUUAUUCCCACACCAUACUACCCAGGGUUUGAUAGAGAUCUCAAAUGGAGAACCGGAGUAGAGAUCGUUCCAAUACAUUGUUCAAGCUCUAAUGGAUUCCGAAUCACUCAAUCUGCAUUAGAGGAAGCUUACAAACAAGCCCAAAAACAUAAUUUGAAGGUUAAAGGUGUUCUUAUCACCAAUCCUUCAAACCCUUUAGGCACAACGAUAAGCCGAGAAGAUAUUGAUCGUUUAAUCAACUUCGUCUCUACAAAAGAGAUCCAUUUGAUAAGUGAUGAAAUCUACUCUGGUACUGUCUUUGAUUCUCCAGAUUUCAUUAGUGUUCUAGAGGCGUUAAAGGAAAGAAACCUUGAAGACAGUGACGUAUCGAACCGGAUUCACAUUGUGUAUAGUCUUUCGAAGGAUUUGGGUUUACCCGGAUUCCGGGUUGGUGCGAUUUACUCUAACGAUGAUACAGUGGUGGCUGCUGCAACAAAAAUGUCAAGCUUUGGACUUGUUUCUUCUCAAACUCAAUAUCUUCUCUCUGUAAUGCUUUCUGAUAAGAAAUUUACAAGCAAUUAUAUUGGUUCGAACCAGAAGAAGCUCAAGGAAAGACAUGACAUGCUUGUUUCGGGUUUACGAGAUAUCGGCAUCAGCUGCUUGAAUAGCAACGCUGGUUUAUUCUGUUGGGUUGACAUGAGAAAUCUCUUAAGCUCCAACACAUUUGAAGCAGAGAUGGAAUUAUGGAAAAAAAUCUUAUACGAAGUUGGUUUAAAUAUUUCACCCGGUUCAUCUUGUCAUUGUACUGAACCGGGUUGGUUCAGAAUUUGUUUCGCUAACAUGUCAGAAGAGACUUUGAGAAUCUCGUUGCAGAGGGUUAAGGCUUUCGUGGAAUCUACUAUGGCUAGCAAAAACAAAGUUGGUUCGUGGAGCCAUCGACAAUCUCCAAGAAGCUCGAGAAGAAGAUCAAUUUCCAAGUGGGUUCUUGGGUUAUCAUCUCAUGAUAAGGAAUCAGAACGUUAACUUUAGUGUGGAUUCGUGUCUUUUUUGGUUUCCAUUAUUAU